UUUCCGUAGUACUUUCCGCGGAUGUUUGUGUGAGAGGCAAAACAAGGGAAAAUAGAGCGCAAUACGUGGUGGCUAUAAAUCCCCUUGUAAGUGAGAAUGAAGUUGCUCUGAACUCGGCUCUCACCUCAGCAGAUUUCCUGUUAGAGUCUGCUCUCAUUGAGGCUCAUCUGACUGGCUGUGCAUUUGAAGAUGAUGCGAUUGCUGUUCCUCUGUCUGCUGCUGCUGCUGCCAGCUGCUACUGCUCUGUCAAAAGAGAUUGAAGGCUCAGCCGAUGGAGAUCUGGAUGAUGAUGAGGAUUUUAUUGGGAGUGCAGAGAUUCCAAGACAUGGCUCAGGUGCAGAUAAAACUACUGGUCUUAAAGAAGAUCAGUCCACUAUGAUUAUCAUAAUUGUAGCUGUGGUUGCACUGACUCUGUUAGUUGCUGUGAUAGCCGCCAUAAUCUUAGUAAGACGCCACAAGUACAAUCGGCAGCAAGGGAUCUACUCUGUGCCUACAGAGCAGGACCAGAAAGGGGCCGUGUAGUUCCUGGUGGAGUAGCAGGCCAAUAUACAAACAGAGAAGAGAAAUGCACGAGGUUACGUCAUCUCCUACUCUUUGACUCAGGAUGGUUAGACUUCUUUGCACAGCGGCAUGCUUCACCACAUUCAGUUCAUUGCUCCUAUCAAUACAAAUGCUGUGUGUGUGUGUGUUUUGUCUUUAUCCCAGCCGUCUAUACUCACAUACAUGCAAUUUAGCCAAGGACAUUUGGAACACAUUCAAACCUUCUAAUUGGAUUCUAUUUGAGGAAUCGAAUCAAAGCCUGUGACUAUGGCUUAAAGGUUCUUUUGUUAAAAGGGAUAAUUUAGCACAGCCAGUGCUCCCCCGUUUUUUAAACUACCUGAAACAAGAAAUUAUUCCCGCCAGCUAUGCAGUGAAACUGUAUUUUUGUUUGAUUUGGUUCAUGUGGAACCCACCUGUCUGUAUAAAAUGAGUGAGACAAACCAUGCUAAUCCACACUAAGCCAGCAUUCCCUCGUCUGACACCUUGUUCCUGGCCCAUUAGGAAUGACAGUGGCAGUGCUAUAGUAAGAUAAAAACCUUUCCCCCGUUUUCUCAACCUCUGUAAAAAAAAAAGGACAAGUGGAAGUAGCCAAACAUCUAAGUGUGAAUUUCUUCUUGCCAGGCGGCAAAUUAACCACGUCAUGAAUGAUGUUUUCUUUUCUGCUCUUUGUUUUGUUUUAAAAGGCUUUCACUUAAGAGAUUGCAAAUACAUUAGCCUCCCAAAUGCUGUAGAGUUUUAGAUUAAUGGUGUGUGUGUGUGUGUGUGUGUGUGUGUGCGUUUGUCGGACACAAUCUCACAAAUCUAAUAGUGUUGGGGAUGAUUAAGAAAAUAUCAGUAAUGCCUUUGUUUCAUGAAUACAGAAUUAUUUCUUCUCUGUUUUCAUUUAAAUCAAAAGCAAUCAUAACAAAGACACUGGAUUACUUAUUUGUUUCAAUGGAGAGAAUGGAACUUUUUGUGUCAAAAGGGGAAUAGGACAUGCGUCUGUUCAACAUGAACUUAUUUCAUUUGUGGCUUCAUGAGGACACUUAAAAGGGAGUAAG